AUGCCCCCCCUCCGUCCCUUACCUUCUAUCGCUUGCCCUCUAACGCUUGUCCCCCAUUGUCCCCUCCUGGCAGGAGGACGCGGUGCUGCUGCAGCACGCGGUCCCCCCUCCCCGUCCCUUACCUUGUAUCGCUUGUCCCCCAUUGUCCCCUCCUGGCAGGAGGACGCGGAGGACGCGGUGCUGCUGCGGCACGCGCUGAGGCACGGCACGCGGCAGUGGGGGCGGCUGGUGCGAGGCAGGCAGCUCGCGCGCGGCAACAAGGCGUGCUGCAACCGCUUCCUCUUCCUCAAAAAGAAGUUUACCCAGAAGCACGCUGACGACACACUGCCAGCUCAGCAACAGUUCCAGCAGAGCCCGGCUGUUUCCCUGUCCGCCGGCCAGCCACAGCGGCACAUGUGGAGCCGUCCUGACGUGGCGUUGCAAUACGGCGGGCUGUCAUUGGUCGAGUGCAUGCAGCUGUUCCUCCCCCCGGGUCUCAGAGGCUUCGCACGGGAUUCACCUGACGUUUCACCUGACGCUCUGCACGGUCCCUCACUCUCAUCUGCUGCCCACUGCAGCAGCAUCAACACACCCACCUCAGGCUCUCUCCCUGCCCUUGACUGGCCUCUUUCCUUCUCAACCUCCCUCUCACCCUACUUCGCAUCCUCCUUUGCACCCUCCCUCUCGCCCAACCACGCAUCCACCUCUCGGCCUUACUUAGCCCGCCCUCUCUCAUCCGCGUCCCAAUGGCGGGCCACCACUCGCACGCCCUUCACCUUCGGUCUUACUCAGAGCUCCUGCGUUCUGCAUUCCGCCCAUCCUAACAAUCUCCCUCCGUCCCUCCACUCGACCGUCCCUCCUCCUACCGCUCCCCCCAUCGCUCCACACAGCCCUCUCACACCCCCUCCUUCCUCAACACCCUCUCGUUCCUCUCACAGCCUCUCCACGGCUCCCUUCACAUCCUCCUAUCUCACAACACAUGCAACGCCACUGGUGCCAUCCGGCCCUUCCACCAUCAUCAACCCUGGCCCACCCCACUCCCUCCCCUCCUUCCCCUCGCUCUCCGCACUCCAGUCAGCCCUCCACACCCCGCCGCCCAGGGCACCUUCCACACUCUCCGACCCGUCUCACCAAAAUCCGUCUCAGCAUUACCCAUCUCAGCACUACCCAUCUCAGCGUUACCCUUCCCGCAGCGCCUCUCCCAGCAACGCUGCUUCCUCCGCUUCUGUCGACCGCUCCCCACCUUCCUCCCUGACCUCCUCCCAACCCUCUUCCCAACGCACCAAUCAGCCAACCGAAUCACAGCAAUUGCAAUUCACAGCCACAGCGCCGGCAGGAGAGGCUUCCGGUACCUCCCACGCUGCUGCAGCAGCAGCAGUCAUUCUUCCCGUGGCUCCUGUGCUUGCUGUGUUUUCUACAGCACCCAUUGGGAGCAUCGCACCAGCAGCUGCCGCACCAACCCCGUUGUAUCAUGCAACGAUGGAUGCGCCUCUUCUGUCACCAUCUGACCUGGAAGAGCCACAAGCGAAGCUGGAUGUUCAAGCGAGGCCACACAAGAUGCCUCGGAUGAGCCGAGGCGUGCUCCCCCCCGCUACUCUGGAAUUCGCCCGUUCGUUUUUCUCCGGGCUGCCCGCCAGGGAGGAUUCCCAGGGAGGCGAGAGCAGUGACGGGCAGCAAGCGUCAAACCGCACCAGCACUAGCGCAAGGGAAUGCCUGACUAGUGCGGCGCACGAAUGUGGAGGGAACGCAGAGACACAGUUUGGUUAUGUGGGCGGAGCUGCAUCAACAGGGCUGCCACAGAUGGCUUGCCAGCCUGAGAUGCUCACUGCAGCAGCUGCUGCUGCUGGUGUGACUGCUUCGCAUGCUCUGGAAAGCGGGGUGGGAGGGGUGGUGUGCGGUGAUGAGAAGAGAGCGGGGCUGCCAGUGGGCUUGUUCUGUGAGCUGGAGGACCUCUUUGAAGAGAACAGUAAACUACUGUAG